AUGGGAUGCUGGCAAUGCUGUCGGUGCCGGGGUAGCGAUCCUGAGCGGCAUUGUUUCAUUGCGGAGGAUGAUGCGGGCAAGGCGGUUGGCUACACGCUGGUGGCAUAUGAGCAGCCGAUUUCGAGGGCGGUGGCAAGUGGUGGGGUGCUGGCCGAACAUCGGGGGAAGGGCAUCGGAAGGGCGCUGCUCCGUGAGGUGAUGCAGUACGUUGAGGGUUUGGGUGUGGAGGCGUUGCAUAUGGAGGCGAGCGUAGCCCAUGCCGACGUUAAUCACAUGCUUUCAUUGCAUGGCAUGGAGACGGUCAAGAGCCUUUGGCAGAUGCGGUGGGAGAGCGAUGAAGUGCCUGAUGUGAACUUGCCAGAGGGGUUUGCGGUGCGGUCACUUGUGGCGGGACAGGACGAGCAAGUUCUGACCGAGUUGCAGAAUAUCUCAUUCGGGGAGAACUGGGGUUUCAGCCCGAACACGGUGGAGCAGAUACGGGUGCGUGUGGAGCAUAACAGGGGUGGGCCGGAAGGCAUCAUAUUUAUCACCGAUGAUGGCACCGAGCAUGGGAAGCCUGCUGCGUACAACUGGACGAUGUUCAUAGAAGAUGGGGCGGCUUCGAGCGGCAUUAUUGCCAUGACAGGGGUUCACCCGGAUUACAGGGGUCGGGGUAUCGGCAGGGCGGUGGUGACGGCCGGCAUCGCAUAUCUGGUAGAACGCGGCGCGGCUGCUGUGGAGCUUGAGGUUGACUCGGAGAACGCGCCGGCGAGGGAACUCUACCUGAAUCUCGGCUUCCGCAAGGUGAGCGGGAGCGUGUGGUACGAGAAGAGGUAUCGCUAG